CCGGGACCAUGGCUCGUUUGACCUGAAGGUAGAGAACGUUGAUAUCAAAAUCGACCUGAAGCUGGGCAGCGACGCCUCGGGGAAGCCCACCAUCGACACCUCUGACUGCACGACCCGCAUCUCCAAAGUCCGGGUACAUUUUUCGGGCAAGUUUGGAUGGCUUUACAACCUCUUCUACGGCGCGGUUGAGCCCCCGUUCAGGAGGAGCUUGGAGAGGGAGGUCUGCGAGACCGUGGUCCAGUCUGUGCGCCGUGAUCUCCAGCCCUACCUCCAGACCCUGCCAGUCACAGCCAGGAUAGAUGCCAUGGCUGGGAUCGAUUACUCCUUGGUGGCACCCCCGACUGCUACUGCCCAGUCGCUGGACGCGGAACUGAAGCCCCCGGAUCCCGCCCGCAUGGUUUACUUCGGAGCCUCCAGCUACUUCUUCAACCCCGCCGGCUUUGCCUACCACGCAGCCGGAGCGCUGGUCUUCGAAAUCACAGACUCCAUGAUCCCAAAGGGUGUUGUCUUCCACUUGAACACCUCUUCCUUCUCAGCCUUCAUCCCUCAGCUGGAGAAGAUAUACCCGGACAUGCUGAUGAAGCUCAGGCUGUCCGCGCCCUCCGCCCCAUUCCUGAGCAUCGGACCAGGGGGGCUCUCGCUCAGGCCUGUUGUGGACAUCCAGGCUUACGCCAUCCCUCCCAACUCCCGCCUC